AUGUUGAGUGGCUCCCACGGCGAGGAGGGUUCAGCUCGCAUGUGGAAGGCCCUCACCUACUUCGUGGUGCUGCCCAGGGUGGCAAUGAGCAUGCUCAACGCCUUCCUCACCUCGCAGCGAGGAGAGCACGAGAGAGCUGAGUUCAUCACCUACCCCAAUCUCCGCAUCAGGACCAAGCCCUUCCCCUGGGGAGAUGGUAACCAUACCCUGUUCCACAACCCUCACACGAACCCACUUCCGACUGGCUAUGAAGAUGAGUAAAGAGAACCUGGAUCUUCCCCCAGACGGGAAGGGACCACAGCACUGGUGUGGACCAUUACUCUGUGUGAACCAUGAAAGAGCAUCUUUCCUUGUAUCAAAUGGUGACCAUUACACCAAUCUUCUAUCCCUUUGCUCGUAAGAGGAGAUGGCUUAAAUAAAUAAC